AUGUUCACAGCAACCCAUUUGGUCCGCCCUGGCGCAGGCGUCCAUAUCGUUCUAAAAAAAGACCAACCAACCGGCCGCACAGUCAGCGGUACUGUCGGUGAGGUAUUGACGCGGGGUAAUCAUCCGCGGGGGAUUAAAGUCCGCUUGACGGAUGGGAGAGUGGGGAGGGUUCAGGCUAUGAAUACUAAUCUUAGCUCUAACUCUAAUCUCGGUGGUACGGAAGGUAUGGAUGUUGAGCAAGAGGACCCUGAGCAGGGAAGUUCUUGGGGAGGUAGAGGUGGACGGAGAGGUGGUAGGAGGGGCGGAGGGAGAGGUUACCUUGGUGGUGGCGGGGAUGAAGGAGAGGUGCCGGCGGAGAGUGUGGGCUUGGAUGCGUAUGUUACUCCUGGAUAUGGAGUGAGACAGAGGGGGAAGAAGGGUAGGGGCAGGGGUGCUGAUGACGGAGUGCGUGAUAUGGGUGAGGUUGUUGCUGGUGUGGAUGGAGUUGGUAGUAUGGAUGCAGGGGUUAUACGGUGUCCGGUCUGUGAAGCUUUUGAGGGAGAUGAAGCUGCUGUUGCGCAUCAUGUUGCGGAGCACUUUGAUUGA